CGCUUUCAAAAUUUUUACUUCGUCUUCUGCUUGAGUCGAAUUUGUACAAAUUUGGGGUUUUAGAAUAAAGACUAGGAGUGUCGACCGUUGAAGUUGUUAUGGAUAUUCUGAAGCCACCAAUCGUCACUAUUGGAGGGCGGUGUUACCGACGGAAUCCCUCUCAAAUGACCAGUCCUCAUAUAUCCAGAAGCAUUGGUGAAGAACAGGGUGGAUACACGGAAGGAGAUGAUGAAAUAUAUGAUGAAGAAAUGUAUGAUGCAGAGAUGACGGAUACGGUGUCAUGUGACCCUCUGGAGAUGGAGAAGACAAAAGAUGGCUUCCGUUUGACGAUGGAUGUUCCUUCGAAGUUCUUUGGUUACAUCAUUGGGGUCAAAGGUGAAACAAAGAAGAGGAUAGAGCAGGAGACGAAGACUCACAUACAUGUUCCGAGAGCAAGAGAUCAUAUUGAUGAAAUAACCAUCAGUGGUAAGACUCGUCAGGGUGUAUCCUCAGCCAAAACAAGAAUCGAUGUCCUUGUCGCCACAGCUCGUCAGAAGACUCCCUUUACUCACUUUGUAGCGAUUCCUCUAAACAGCCAAGAGAUCAUGGACAGGUUUAAUAUCUUCAGUGAGGAGGUCUUAAAAGAAUGUAAACAUUGCUCUGGUGUUGAUGAAAAGAUAUUCCAGAUCCCAUCCCGUCUUCAUCUCACAAUCGUUACUCUGGUUCUUAUGACAAAGCAAGAAGUGAAAGCAGCACAGGAGAUUCUGAAUGACUGUUUAGAAAAUAUUAUCAAUCCAUUGCUUGAAGGACGCCCUCUGUUGCUUGACAUGGUGGGACUGGAAUACAUGAAUGACGAUCCUGGGAAGGUCGAUGUACUCUAUGGGAAGGUUAGGAUGCAAGACGGAACGGACAGAUUACAAGAGAUUGCCAACCGAAUCCAGGAUAGAUUUGUAUCCUCAGAACUGUGUCAAGACAGCCGCAGUGACCUUGGGGUCAAGCUUCAUGCAACCCUUAUGAACUCUAUCUUCAAAGCACCAGAGGUGAAAGAUCAAAGGUCAGAGGCCAGAGGUCGGGGUCAACAGCAGAGGAACAGAGAAGCUUUUGAUGCCAGUGAGAUUCUUGAGAUGUAUGGUGAUUUUUCAUUUGGAGAACUUCGCGUUGACUCUCUUCAUCUUGCCGAGAGGAGGCACUACGCAGAAGACGGAUCCUACUGGCCUGCAGCUAAAGUGGCAUUGCCUUGAAAGAAUCUAUAUAAAAGACAUUGGAAAUAGGACCAAGAACUAAACACAAAUAUUGCUUAUAUGGAGCAGACGAAAGAGUGAAGAUUGGAGAUUAAGAAGACGUAUGUGUAAUGAAAGUGGCAAUAGAAUGAAGAGAACAAUAAUAAUAAUAGCUGGAUUUAUAAAGCACUUUUUGCCAGAGGAUACAAAGCGCUGCU